UAGCGCAAAGAAUUGAUUGAACUUAAGGUGUUUUGUUACAACUAUCGUCAUGACAGCCUCCCCUGAGCAAGUGGACAAUUCAUUUCAGAGUAUUCCGGAAUCUGAAACUCAUUUCCGAAGUGGAAACUUAGCACUCUCUCACUUAGAUGAUGUCAUCGAUUCUGUAGUUUCUGAAGCUAUUGAAUACGCGGAUAAGCCACCGGAAGAACGAACGCUCCCCAAACUAAUCCGUAAAGCUCCACCACCCCCACGUGUUCGGCCACCUUUAAAUAUGGGCGAAUUUAAUCAGGGGCGUAAUUUCGCCACACCUAAUGGUCUAAAUCAAAUGCCAUUUCUAACUGGUGGUAAUCAGUUUCAACAAAAACUUAAUGAGCAGUUCCCAACAAUGGUCCCUUUCAAUACUGGUCAAGCUGCUACAGCAGCGGCGGCGGCAGCAGCAGCAGCUCAACAACAAUUACUAAUGCAAUACAAUGGUCAGUACCCGGCUCAACAACCACAGCAACAACAACAACCGCAACAACGUCAACAACAACAGCAACAGUACUCUCAAGCUGCACAUUUCCAAGCUCUACAAAACCAACAAGCCCAAUACCAGGCAGUGAAUGCAGCUGCAUUGGCCCAAAUGCAACAGUUGCAACGUCAACAAAUGCAGCGUCAGCAGCAGCAGCAGCAACAACAACAACAACAAAUGUCUACUCCUAAUCGGCAUAUGUUAUAUUCAGCAUCGGGUUCUCCUCCUAUUAGUCCAGCGGUUGUAUCAAAUUCCCCAGGCUCGCAACAACAACAAGCUUUAGCUUCUGCACAACAGCAGUUACAUCAGCUAUAUGCAGCUGCUCAUCAGUUACCUGGUAUGAUGCAAACGUUCCCUCCGAAUCAAGGACAACAGCAAGCAAGCAUUCAACAAACUAUACAAGCUCAACAACCUCAAGUACAACAACAACAAGUAUGUAAUCAACGCGUUUGGACAAACGCUGAACAACUUCAAGCAGCUCAACAACAACAACAAUUAGCGGUUGCAGCAGCUGCUGCCGCAGCGGCAUUUAAUCCCAACUCAGUACAACAGCAAUAUAUGCAACAACAACAACAGCAACAACCUUCACCCCAACAACAACAGGCGAAUCAAGCAGCUCAACAACGUAUGACAAACGAUUUCCAAACCUAUGCCUAUCAACAUUAAAUUUUGUAAACAGAACAAGAGCAAAAAACCUCUUUUCAGUCAAAAAAAUUAGUCUACGUUUGUAAUGUUCCCUAUUCAUAUAUAUAUAUAUA